UUUGAACAGUGCCCAAAGUCUCUCAAACCUAAUCAAACACAAACCCAACUCUCUCUUCCCCAGGCGCCCCCCCCCCCCCAUCACAGCUCCUCGGUCUCUCUUCUCCUCGAGACCCAUGGAUUCUGUCACUCCCGAGAUAUAAGAAGCUUUUUCUCUCUGUUUUUUGCUCUUCUUCACCCAGUUCGGAUUUGAGCGUGCAAAAAUUCUAAGCAGGCUUUGUUCAAAGCUAUAUCUUAGAUUCCGAAACCAUUCACAUAGGUAGUAAACCAAAAGAUAUUGCAGAAUAUCGCAAAUAUUAUAAGCUGCCGAUCGGUCAAAGCGAAAAUCAUCACCAAGAAAUAUUGCAUUUUAUUUGAAAUUUGGAAAAGAAUAAAUAAGAGGGAUUGGAGGAGGGAUAGUGGGAGAUGGCCUAUUGUGUCAAUCAUUGUGAAAACGUUUCGUUGAGGCUCAUUUCAUCAUCACAGCCCUACAGUUUCAACUCCACCAAAAAUCAUUUAUCAAAUUCCAAUCUUUUUAAGUUAUUUUUCAAUGCCACCAAGCCAGCUACCAAGUGGAGUGUGGUAUCACAUUUGAACUUUCAAUGCCGUCCAUUGUUUCUGCAUUCUGCGAAAUUGAACUGGAGAGUGAAGGUGAAUUCAAUUCGAUGUGAGAAAGGUGCUGUUUGUGAUAGCAAUGGUUCGAUGAAUGGAGGGGUUUUCGGUAGCCAAAAAGUUGGGAAGAGGGCAGAUAUCAAAAAGAUUUUAAUUUUAGGUGCAGGGCCUAUUGUGAUUGGGCAAGCUUGUGAGUUCGAUUAUUCAGGGACUCAGGCUUGUAAAGCACUAAGGGAGGAGGGUUAUGAGGUGAUCCUCAUCAAUUCGAAUCCUGCCACUAUAAUGACGGAUCCAGAGAUGGCUGAUAGGACUUAUAUUGAACCUAUGACACCAGAGCUGGUUGAGCAAGUGCUGGAGAAGGAGAGGCCUGAUGCUUUAUUGCCAACGAUGGGAGGGCAGACGGCUCUUAACCUUGCUGUGGCAUUGGCUGAAAGUGGGGCGCUGGACAAAUAUGGCAUUGAGUUGAUUGGGGCUAAGCUCGAAGCAAUCAAGAAGGCCGAGGAUCGGGAUUUAUUCAAGCAAGCUAUGAAAAAUAUUGGGCUAAAGACUCCUCCUUCGGGGAUUGGGACUACUAUGGAGGAGUGUUUUGAGAUAGCAAAUUCUAUUGGGGAGUUUCCAUUGAUUAUUCGACCAGCUUUUACACUGGGAGGAACUGGAGGUGGUAUUGCUUAUAACAGGGAGGAGUUUGAGGCAAUAUGCAAGUCGGGGCUUGCAGCUAGCUUGACUUCUCAGGUUUUGGUGGAGAAGUCCCUUUUGGGAUGGAAAGAAUAUGAGCUUGAAGUUAUGAGAGACUUGGCAGAUAAUGUCGUUAUUAUCUGUUCAAUUGAGAAUAUUGACCCAAUGGGAGUCCAUACUGGGGACUCUAUCACUGUAGCUCCAGCACAGACUUUGACAGACAAAGAGUACCAGCGGCUUAGGGAUUACUCUAUUGCUAUUAUCAGGGAAAUUGGGGUUGAAUGUGGUGGUUCAAAUGUUCAGUUUGCCGUCAAUCCUGAAGAUGGAGAGGUAAUGGUGAUUGAGAUGAAUCCUAGAGUUUCAAGGUCUUCAGCUUUAGCUUCCAAAGCUACUGGUUUUCCCAUAGCAAAGAUGGCUGCUAAACUUUCGGUUGGUUACUCCUUGGAUCAGAUUCCUAAUGACAUCACUAAGAAAACACCCGCUAGUUUUGAACCUUCUAUAGAUUAUGUGGUUACCAAGAUACCCCGUUUUGCAUUUGAGAAGUUCCCAGGCUCGGAGCCUAUUCUAACAACCCAAAUGAAGUCUGUUGGUGAAUCAAUGGCUGUUGGUCGGACAUUCCAAGAAUCCUUUCAGAAGGCUGUUCGUUCACUUGAGUGUGGCUACCCUGGGUGGGGUUGCUCACAAAUCAAGGAAUUGGAUUGGGAUUGGGAUCGCCUGAGGUACAGCCUCAGAGUCCCUAGUCCAGACCGCAUCCACACUAUUUAUGCAGCAAUGAAGAGGGGAAUGAAGGUGAAUGACAUCCAUGAGCUGAGUUACAUUGACAAGUGGUUCUUGACUCAGCUGAAGGAGCUUGUAGAUGUGGAACAAUAUCUUUUGUCUCAGAAGUUGUCUGAUUUAACAAAGGAUGACCUCUAUGAAGUGAAAAAGAGAGGUUUCAGUGAUAAACAGAUAGCUUUUGCUACAAAAACCACAGAGAAAGAAGUUCGGUUAAAGCGGUUAUCAUUGGGUGUUAAACCAGCAUAUAAGCGAGUUGAUACAUGUGCUGCCGAAUUUGAGGCUAAUACUCCUUACAUGUACUCAUCGUAUGACUUUGAGUGUGAAUCAGCUCCCACCCAAAGAAAAAAGGUUCUGAUUUUAGGUGGUGGACCAAAUCGGAUUGGUCAAGGGAUUGAAUUUGAUUACUGCUGCUGCCAUACAUCAUUUGCCCUCCAGGAUGCAGGCUAUGAGACAAUCAUGAUGAAUUCGAAUCCUGAAACAGUAUCUACAGAUUAUGAUACAAGUGAUCGUCUCUAUUUUGAACCACUGACAGUUGAAGAUGUUCUCAACAUAAUAGAUUUGGAGGGGCCUGAUGGGAUAAUUGUGCAGUUUGGAGGUCAAACACCGUUGAAGCUGGCUCUUCCAAUUCAGCAAUACUUAGACGAGCAGAAGCCAAAAUGCAAAAGUGGUGCUGGAUAUGUUGGUAUUUGGGGUACGUCACCUGAUUCCAUUGAUGCUGCUGAGGACAGGGAGAGAUUCAAUGCUAUCAGUGAGGAAUUGCAGAUUGAGCAGCCAAAAGGGGGCAUUGCCAAGAGUGAACAAGAUGCUCUUGCUAUUGCAGCAGAUAUAGGGUACCCAGUGGUUGUCAGACCGUCCUAUGUAUUGGGUGGCCGAGCGAUGGAGAUUGUUUACAGUGAUGACAAGCUGGUGAGAUACCUUGAAACAGCUGUGGAGGUGGAUCCAGAACGUCCUGUUUUAAUUGACAAAUAUUUAUCUGAUGCUAUAGAAAUUGAUGUUGACGCACUUGCUGACUCACACGGCAAUGUUGUAAUUGGUGGAAUAAUGGAGCACAUUGAGCAAGCUGGUGUCCAUUCAGGUGAUUCAGCUUGCAUGAUUCCCACAAAAACUGUUUCUCCAUCAUGUUUGGACACAAUCAGGUCAUGGACUGCAAAGUUGGCGAGGAGGUUAAAUGUUUGUGGGCUCAUGAAUUGCCAAUAUGCCAUAACAGCUAGUGGGGAAGUUUUCUUGCUUGAGGCAAAUCCACGUGGAUCCCGAACCGUUCCUUUUGUGUCUAAGGCAAUUGGGCAUCCCCUAGCUAAAUAUGCUUCUCUUGUCAUGUCUGGGAAGUCCCUUCAUGAAUUGCAAUUCACAAGAGAGGUUAUACCGAGACAUGUAUCUGUUAAAGAAGUGGUCCUUCCAUUUGAGAAAUUUCAAGGGUGUGAUGUGCUUCUGGGUCCUGAAAUGCGUAGUACUGGAGAGGUAAUGGGCAUCUAUUUCGAGUCUUCAAUUGCUUUUGCAAAGGCACAAAUAGCUGCUGGGCAAAAGCUUCCACUUUCUGGCACUUUGUUCCUGAGUUUAAAUGACUUAACAAAGCCACAAAUUCCCACAAUUGCCCAGGCCUUUUUGGCUCUUGGGUUCAAUAUUGUUGCAACUUCUGGAACAGCACAUGUUCUUGAGUUAGAAGGGAUCCCAGUGGAGCGGGUCCUUAAGAUGCACGAAGGACGACCACAUGCUGGUGAUAUGAUUGCCAACGGGCAAAUACAGUUGAUUGUCAUCACAAGUUCUAGUGAUGAUCUUGACCAGAUAGACGGCCGGAAGUUGAGGAGAAUGGCCCUUGCUUACAAGAUUCCUACAAUUACGACUGUUGCUGGGGCUUUGGCUACUGCUGAAGCUAUUAAAAGCUUGAAAUGCAACAAGAUUGAGAUGUCAGCACUUCAGGACUACUUUGACAGUGAGAAGAAAGCAGGAAGCCAUCAAAAUAUGCAAUCUGCAUCGUCUACUGUUGUAGUUGAAUAGGUAUUUUAGUUCCUCUUAUACACCGUGAGUGUUAAAUCUUUUUAAAUGUUGUUUGGCAGCUUUAACUAAGGAGGAAUUGUAAUACAAGUUUUUAAUGUCUUUUGCAAAAGCAAGAGAAAAUCAUCAGAGGUCACCUUUGAUUGGAAAGCAUUCUCGGAGUGUUUAUCACUAGUUUGCUGAGUGAUGUUUCAUGAACCAUCGUUAUAUAGGUCAAUAUGGUAAUUGGUGAUGCUAGUUUCUGCUGCUGCACUUUCCAGAGUUUUUCAGAACAGGUCAUCUUUUGGCUUGUAACCUCUGUCCUCCUGCUGAAUAUAUUUGCCAUUCCCAUGUCAAUUUUUGCUAUUGCAACUAUGGGUUUAGAUAUCAGGGUC